AUGGACAACCAUAUACGGUCUGACAUGUACUAUACCUUAUAUAGAGCACAACUCGAGCAUUUUGAUGAAGAAAUUCUUUCCAUCAAAGAAGGAAAAAAUAAAGAUGAACUACCCAUGAGACGCAGCACUGUAGUUAUAAAACGAUUCCCCCUAAGAGAAGCCAGCAUGAGAGAAGAAAAGUUCUUUACAGAAAUGAAAAUGCUUGCCGCUUGCAAGCAUCCAAACAUAAUAAAACUACUUGGUAUUUGUGAUGAAGGUUCUGAGAUGAUCCUUGUUACUGAGAAUUUUUCUAAUGGAUACCUUUAUGAGUGUUGGAAAGAUUUACACGGCAACAAGAGGCAAAUUCUUACUUGGGAAAAACGUUUAAAAAUCUGCUUGGAUGUUGCAAGUGCAUUGAAUUACCUUUGUACUGAGAUGGAGAAUGAAGAAACGCUGAGACGCUAUUGUAUUAGUAACUUCUUCAUUGCUUUAGACGAGAAUUGGGAGGCAAAACUUUGUGACUUCGUGCUGUCGAAUCAAGAUGACAACACUCCCUGUCCCUGUCCCGAAUGUUCAGGCACUACUGAUCCAUUCUUAGAUCAAGUAUAUACAUGUGGACACCUAUUCUUUGAAGUUCUGUUUGGGACGUUACUUACUGACCCAAUAUUCCUUAAGGACGGUAAGCACAUCAGGCUGGUAUAUUUGGCACAACGAUGCUUUGAAGAUGAUGUACUAAAGGAAAUAGUGGAAAUGAUGGAUCCUAUGUUAAAGAAAGAAGGUGGUGAAAAUUGCUUUAAUCUAAGAAGAGGACCCAACAAAUAUUCUUUGAAGAAAUUUGUAAAACUUGCAUUCCAGUGCAUAGCCAAGACUCAAGACCAACGUCCAACAAUGAAGGUGGUAAUCGAGGAGCUUCAGGAGGCCUUAUUGUAUCAGGAAAACAACAUGGACGAACUCAUCAUUUCACUUCAUGACAUUCGACUGGCGACGGAAAACUUUCAUGGUGACAAUUGCAUUGGUGGAGGAGGAUUCGGGAAAGUUUAUAAAGCACAACUUCCACAAGGUGAUGGGUUCAAUACCAUUGUUGCAAAGCGAUUAGAUUCAAGGCAUGGUCAAGGGGAACUACAAUUUAGGGCCGAGCUCCAAAUUCUUUUCGAGUAUAAGCAUGAGAAUAUCAUCCCUUUUGUGGGAUAUUGUGAUGAAAAGAAUGAACAAAUAAUUGUUUAUGAGUAUGCCUCUCGAGGGAGCCUUGAUAGGUAUCUGAAAGAUGCGCGUCUUACAUGGAUGAAACGCCUUAAGAUAUGUAUUGAUGUUGCCACUGCAUUGGCUUUCCUCCAAGGAGGUGCCGGAAAACAAGCAAUAGUGAUACAUAGGGACAUCAAAACUCAAAACAUUCUACUAAAUGAUGAGUGGGAUGCAAAACUUGCUGAUUUUGGGCUUUCCUUGAUAAGUCCAAUUAAUCAGGAAACAGACUAUGUUAUUGAUCAUGCAUGUGGCACACGAGGCUACUUGGACCCCCUUUACUUAAAAUCAGGUUUCUUAACCAAAGAAUCUGAUAUUUAUUCAUUUGGGGUGGUUUUGUUUGAGAUCAUGUGUGGCACAUCAACGUUUGAGAUCCGUAAACAUAAAGGUCAGUAUCUACCAGGUUUCAUCAAAGAGAGCUUUGAAAAAGGAAAACAUGAUGACUUGGUAUUUGAGGCUCUAAAGGAACAAAUCGUGCCAGAAGCAUUGACUACAUUCCAAAAGAUUGCCUACCGGUGCUUACAUGACGAUAGAGAAAAACGACCAACAGCAAAAGAAGUUCUACAACAACUUAAGGAGGCCCGAGAAUUCCAAAUCUCUGGAUCAAUUGAGGCAGCUGCUAAUCAUAUGGAAGUUCAACUCAACAUUUGA